AGAGACAAUUACACGCCCACACAUUCUUGCACCUUUAUAUAUAUGAAGACUUCCCCACAUACAGAGAUACCUGUACACACGUACAUAUGCACACUCAAAGUACGUACUGUAAGUACUUCCCCACAUUACUCACUGAGUUAUCCAGGGUGUUAUUAUGUUGUUGGUUUUAUUACAGCGACGGUGAUAUCAGCAGUAUGAUUAUAGGUUUUUUUACAAUGAUGUGCAUUACAGUAAUUAUCAUUCUGUUCACUGUCAUAGAUAAUCAUUUCAUUACUACUAUUAUGUGUGACUGUUUCAAUGCAGUAUUGUCAUUGUGAUCACUAUCAUAGUUCAUCAUUUCAUGACUACUAUUAUGUGUGACUGUUUCAAUGCAGCAUUGUCAUUGUGGUUGUUGAUAUUAUGUUGUCCUUUCCAUCAGGGUCUUUAUAGUCAUCACAGACAUUUAUUUGCUGAUGUAGUUCUGUAUGUUUCUGUUGUUCUGUUAUUGUUGUCACAAUUGUUGUUGCUGCUGUUGUCCUUUUCACUGUUUUGUUUUUGUCCCCCUCUCAUCCCCGCACCCCGCCCUCUGUUUUCUUUUCUCUUCUUCUGUGUCCCCUCCUGCUCCGGUCCGGUCGCUCCAAAUUUGCAUAAUAACAAGCAUCAAAGUCAAAUAAAUUCUGUAUAACAGGGGAAGUGUAUAUCACACUUCUCCCUGGCAGAGUAAAUCUGUUGAGCACUUGAGGGCAUUUAGAUCUACAAUUCUAUCUGCUUUAAAGGCUGGACAGGACAGGGGAAAAAAAGAAGAAAAUGUGUUGUAUUCUUUUUGUAUUAUGUGGUUUACGACUAACAAAAAAUUGUAUAUGGUAGUUAUAGAAGCUUGUUCAUGUUUUUUGCAAUUCGCGGGGGUCUUGGACCAUAACCCCAUCGAAUAGCAAAAAGUGGCAAAUAACGGAUGCACCCAUAAAAAGCCCUAAAAUGCUUAUUUUUGAUAAUCUAAACUCUGUAAUAUGUGUCUCGCAGUUAUUAAACACAUUUUAAAAUCAGUUUUACACAUUAAGAAACAGUUACAGGCGUAUAGUAUACAGUAUAGUGUACAGUAACCGCAACUAGGCAGGGAUCUACUGUACACUAAGUCCCCUACUAACGAACAUCCGACGUACGAACACUCGUAGAUACGAACACAAGCCGACUGGUCAAUUUUUUUUUCGAAAAUUGCCAUAUUUUGUCAUUUAAAUUUUUUCUAAAUACAAAGGCGCUGUUUUUGUAUUGCGUGCCAUUCCGCCGCUACGAAUGGUGGGUAGCAGCAUCCCUCUCGCGCGAUCUUUCUCAGUUCGUCUGCACUUGUCGCUGAUAACAUCUCGGAGCACGCCGUUUGUACCCCAUUCGAUACUUUACAGAGACGUUUGUUAUUCGUUAUCAUGGCUGAUAAAUCGAGUGGAAGUGCUAGUAGUAGUGGCAGGAAACGUCAAGCAAUUUCUAUGGAAACGAACGUGCUUAUGGAGUGAAUCGCUCAACCAUAGGAACAAUUUACAAAGGCAAGGUUCGAAUUAUGGAACAUGUGAAGACUUCUGUACCAAUGGCAUCCACUAUCAUUACAAAGAGGAGUCUAACGACGAUGAAGAUUUGUCCUUUCUUCAAUAAUUCCUCCUCCUCCUCCACCACUACCAUCAACAAUGUAUGCUCGACCACUGCUCUUCAAAGGUAAAUAACAUUUAUCUUUACGUAUUAUUAUAUCAUUUUUAUUAGUUUUUUUCAUUAAUUAUCCUAGUUUAAUAUUACUACUGCAUCCAAACUCAUAUUUACAUACAUACGCAUAUACUGUAUAUGUAUACACGUACAUGUAGUACCUAUAUCAUUGGUAAUAUUACCUUUUCCCCGACUUAAGAACGAUUCGAAUUAAGAACGGUCGUCUGGAACCAAUUGUGUUCGUUAGUUGGGGACUUAGUGUAUAUCGUAUACAACUUUGCACAGACUUAGUUAACAAGGUUCCUAUUUUAGACUUUAGCAACGCUGUCAGUGUGCACCAUCAGGAUUUUAUCUUUAAACUUUAACCAAAUGAACCCCUGCCUUCUAUCAUCAACUCAGUCUGAGGUUAAAGAUCAAACUCAAAUGGUUAAAAAAACUAUUUUUAAAGCCUCAACUCCCAAUCAUUUGUUCCUCUUUUGAUGCUCUUCUGCCCUAAUCUUAUCUUAUCCUAUCUGCAUGUUGUCACAGAUGACCUUCCGCUCAAGCAGAUUAGACCAAAUGAUGAUUCAAAAUGUUGUUUUGAAAUGCAAACCAACACACCUUCCCCUCCAUGCUGAUCAGAUGUUUUGCUUUAAAUGUCAAGUUUUUUUUUUAAAUGUGUGACCUCAGACAUGACUUCAUUUCUUUCAGAGCCACAAAUACACAAGCAGGAUUUCAAAACCGCAAAUUACCGCCGCCCUCGUCAGUUCACACUCACAAGCAGCUCAGCAAAGUACGGCAAAAUGCUACAUGUGUGGAAAGUGUUGGAAGAGGACCUUGCUGAAUAUCAUGAUGUAUGUGCACAUUGAUGAAACGUUUAGAUUUGCACACGAACGAUGAGUCAGGAGGAUAUGACAGUGGUAAAGGAGGUUAUCAAUCGGCCUACUCCCUCACUGAUUAGCUGUUCAAAUAGUGAGCGUGCAGCACACUUGCACUUUAUAGCUCGUCCUUCCUCCCGUGGUAACAAACACGCGCAAACAAACACUUUGUAAGACAGUAUGAUAUUAAACAUUGCCUGACAGGUCCCAAAAUAAGACUAUAAAUAAGUAGCAGGUUUACAGGUGGACAUGGUGCCUAUUGCACAAAGACAGGAUUCAGAAAUCCAGGAGAAAUGACUAAACUGAGCUCAGCCAACCCAAAGCAAGAGCGUAUAGGCUUAAUUGGUUGCAAAAAGCCCAAGCCAGGAUGAGUAGACACUGAUUAAUCAAGCCAGGUGAAACCAAUCCCGGAUCAGUAGACAAUAGUAGACAAUAAUAUCGCUUAGCGUUAAUUUGUGGGACGUUUGUUUGUCCAGGCAUAUUUUUUCAUGGAACUUUAAAAAAAAUGAAUGUUAAAAUUUCGUCUUGUCUCUUUCUCGUGGACAGUCUUGUGUACCGUCUUGUCUCAAGAGUUAGGUGUCUUGUGACACCCCUACUAAAAAAAAAAAAAUUUGCGCAAUGAAAACAUAAAAAACAGUGAAUCUAAAUCUACAAUAAAACAGCACCACAUACUCCUUACAACAUGGUGGACAUGUUUUGCAAAAAAUACAUCCAAACUACAUUACAUCCAAGCCAGACAAAUCUUCUAUUAAAUGAACAUUUCAAAAACAUAAAUAAUGUUCUAAAUGACCUCUAAACUACACUACGUUCUAUUAAGUGAGUGGUUCAAAAUGUCAAAAUCUAAAUAAAUAAGCAUGAUUCCUACCAUAAAAACUCCAAAACAUGGCGAGCCUGCGAAAAUAAAAUAAAAUAGAAUAAAAUAACCAACAACAAACAUGGUGGGCAGGCUGUGCAAAAAAAAAUAAAAGCUAAAAUUUAGUUACAUUCAAACCACAUUAUUUUUCAUUAAUUUUGGAAAUGUUAAAAUAAUAAAAAAUGACAAUUAAAUACCACAACCGUGGUCAAAACCAACAACUCCAAACUAGGCUAGUUUUCCAUUAAAUAAGCACUCCAUAAAAUAGAAAUCAACAUCAAUAACCACUUCUGCAUCACACUCCACAAACUAUAGGCAUGCUGAUAACAGGUUACCGAAAUGACAUAUGAGGGACACUUGAUGGCAUGUGACCUUACUCAGACACUCACACACACGUUGCACCACAGCAUCCACGGCCAGUGGUGUGCAACAUGCAGCUGAGAUUGGCUUUUCUAGGCUAUCAUAGCCUCUUCACACAUCACAGAAUUCCAUUACAAGGGAAGCCGCAUUCAAUUAUUUGGGGAUUGGAAGACUGCAGGAAAAUUACUUUGUCAUGCAGGACACACACGCACACGCACACGCACACGCACGCACACACACACUGAACCUAAAGCAGCAGUUAACACCUUACUGUCAGAUAGAUAGAUACAACUUUUAAUCUACUUCUAACUACUCUGUUCUUAAACUUGAGGCUAAAAUGUUGUUUACAUGGAAUUGAUGGUAGAAUGAUGUGACAUGGUUAUCAGCGGAACAUCUUUUUGUGUUUAUCCCAAGACACAUCUGUGUUAUCAUAAUGUCAUCAUGUGAUGUAGAAUGCUCUCUGUCAAUAAGUUGCCAGUUGGGUUCAAACACUGAACACGUGCCUAACAUUUCCGAAGACAUCAGCCAGAUUAGCCUUGCGAUACGGCUUAUCUUUCAUGUAUAACUUUAUAGACAUCUAACAGGAUGGAAGGGCUCCUCAGCCAGUCAGAUUUAGUCCAAAACCAAGAGAAUUUAUGCAGGUGAAGUUGCAGGUUUGCCUAAAACAAAAAAUGCAAAAAAUACAUCGUUUCUAAUAAUUAUGAUCUCAGUAACACAGGGUUAUCAGUUGUGUGUCUAUUAAACAAUAACUGGUGGGCAUGAUAAAGUCACAUAUGAUAUUAAUUAGUUUUUGUCAUGCCAGUGUCAAGGCCAGUAAACACGAAGGCCCGCAUACAGUGCCUUUAUCACUAAAUGUUAUAAAUCAACAAGGCAAUUACAAGAAGACUGAACUGCAUGGGAUGGACUUGAACACAUUAAGAAUGAGUAAUCCAUAUACUGUAGGAAAUCUUGCCUAUUUGCAUGUUUUAGGGCAUUUGAGUGCAGAUGGCCUCGUAUUGCUGUUUAACAUUCUCUGCUAUUUCAAAAGGAUGAACUGAAAUGUGUUUAAAAAAAAGUCCUCUAUGCAUGUAAUUACAUUUUUUAGCACUUUGUAUGAAAAGCAAUGCACAGUAAUUACUAUAUCAUAUUUAUGGGGUUUAAGGAUUAAAGCUUUUUAAAAUUUUCCUUUUAACUGGAAAAGAACAAAAAUGACUUUUGGACAAUAAAAACUAUAAAAACGGGAGCUUUCCAUUGGACUUGACACCUGAUAAAAACCUUAAUAUUUAAAAAAUAAUAAUCCAUAAAGUCCCUGAUUAUAGUGGUAAAAUCAUUUUUGGUUGGAUAUUUUUUUCAAAAUUUUCCACAACAUAAUGUACCCUUUAUAGUGCCAUUCAUCCAUCCUUUUGCAAUGCCGCUUAUCCUCACUAGGGUCGCGGGGGUAUGCUGGAGCCUAUCCCAGCUGACUUUGGGUGAGAGGCGGGUUACACCCUGGACUGGUCGCCAGCCAAUGGCAGGGCACAUAUAGACAAACAACCAUUCACGCUCACAUUCAUACCUAUGGACAAUUUAGAGUCUCCAAUUAACCAAACAUGCAUGUUUUUGGAAUGUGGGAGGAAACCGGAGUACCCGGAGAAAACCCGCACACACAUGGGGAGAACAUGCAAACUCCACACAGAGAUCCCUUUAUCGUGCACUUUUUGUAAUACUUGGAAAUUCAAAAUUGCAAUCCCCAAAAAUGAAUAUUAUAAUUUUUUUUAUUUUUAAAUGCAUUAUUAAUAUGACUGUGAAAAGUUAGCCAGUUAGCUUAACUUGCUAGCAGCUAGCAGCACUUGUAAUUAGUUUAUUUCAAAGAAUCUGUACCUCUCACCUAUCCGAGUUAAAGUUGAGGGAGUCAGCAAGCAGUUCUGAUCCUGUGUUCGUAAGGUGUAGUCAGGAAAGCACCAAAAUAGUUCAAAUUUCUAGUAUCGUCAGCAGAGCACCUGCCAAGUACGUCCAUUCCAGUCAACAGCAAGGGGGAAAAAAAGUCGAUACAGUUGCUGGAUGCUGACCACUCAUGUUACUUCAAAUUCUGGUAUUGUCAUUUGUGGAGUUAAAAAAAACGACAUCGGAAGGUUGCCUACAGCCACGGCUGUUAAUGCCAAUGUUAAUUAGAGCAUUUCUGGUAACCUUUCAUCAUAUGUAAUGAAAAUGUUUUGAUGAUUACCAGGCUGGGAGACAUGACAGCAUUUUAUUCCCAUCUUGUGAGGCAUGUGGUGUUACCAUAUAUGGGUCAGGUCCCCUUCAGAGGACUACUGGUGGUAAUGUAAUAAAAACUGGUCAAUCUACAGAACUGUAUGAAAUUCAAGGUGAGCCUCUUUCAUCGUUGUGUGUGUGUGUUCCAAGCCUAUGCUGUGUGCCCUGACUCCCCCUCCCAUGUCGAUUCUCCCCCCCUCUUCUUUCUCCCUCUGUGUGCUGAGAGGCAACAGAGAGCAAACUAUGUCAAGUCUCUCCUCGGGUUGGUCAGAGAGGCGCUUGCGCUCGCAGACACACAACAAGUCUACAUUACUCUCCACUUUUAUCUCUUCACAGCUAGCCAUAUCUCCAACGCUCGCUUUGGACUCUGGGUGCUGAUGCUGACUGGAUGGCUGAGCGAUAGAAGUAAGGAGCUGGUGUGCUGAAGGGUGGGGAUUAUGUCCAGUAAUGUAAACAGGUCCAAGUGAAGGCUGCAGAGGCGUGUGCUGUGGGUUGGGUCACACUGGCACUUUAAAAGACACUUGCUAAGGUUCGGGAGCAGUACACCAGAAGCCAGGCUGAGAGAGAAGGUUCAAGACUUCUCUCAAGUGUCAUUUUUUUCUCUCCCAACUUUUUUUAAAAUUAUUUUUGCCAAAGUGGGGGGGCAGGCAUGGGCAAGUUUGUGUGCUUGGUCCUGUUACUGCUGCCAGCGCUGGAGGGCUGUGACGCUCUGCCAGAGAACUGGCUGCCAGGGGAGUAUUCCAAUACCACUGAUGAUGCAGCCAGGUUCCUGAAAGACUACAACAGCACUGCAGAGAAGGUUUUCUUCCAUAGCGUCUCAGCAAGCUGGAACUACAACACCAAUUUGACAGAACACAACUCCCAACUCCAGGUAAAUGCAUCCCUGGAAGAGCAGGCCUUCACUGAGGCCUGGGGGCUCAAGGCCAAGCAGGUGUUCACUCGCGAGCUGCUUGAUUCCCUCCCUGACCCCAAAGAUAAGAAACUGAUGAGCAAAGUCAUGGUCCUGGGAGCUGCCAACCUGCCUCCCACAGAAAGACAAGAGUAUAACACCAUUCUCAGCACCAUGGACAGUAUUUAUUCCACCGCUAAGGUGAAUCCACAGCCCAACAUCAGCUGGAGCCUGGAACCUCAUCUAACUGACAUCAUGGCCACCUCCAGGAGCUACAAGAGGCUGCUUUACGCUUGGGAGGGCUGGCACAACGCAUCAGGGGUCCCCCUCAAGCCGCACUACUCCAGGUUUGUGCAGCUCAGCAACAAAGCCUCACAAGCCGAUGGAUUUAAGGACACAGGUGAUGACUGGCGCUCUUGGUAUGAGACAGACAACUUCCAGGACGUCAUCGAGGAACUGUACAAGACAAUAGAGCCGCUUUAUCAGAACCUGCAUGCCUUUGUGCGCCGCCAGCUCUACAACCAGUACGGACCCAAGUACAUCAACCUUAAAGGACCAAUCCCGGCUCAUCUGCUCGGAAAUAUGUGGGCCCAGACCUGGAACAAUAUCUACGGUUUGAUGAUACCAUUUCCUGACAAACCCAACUUGGACGUGACUGAUGAAAUGGUCAAACAAGGUUACAAUGCCACACACAUGUUCCGUGUCGCCGAGGAGUUCUUCACAUCUUUGGGUUUAGCUGAGAUGCCUCAGGAAUUCUGGGAAGAAUCUAUGCUGGAGAAGCCCGAUGAUCGGGAGGUGGUGUGUCACGCGUCUGCCUGGGACUUUUACAACCGCAAAGACUUCAGGAUCAAGCAGUGCACCACAGUGACCAUGGAGCAGCUCUCCACCGUCCAUCAUGAGAUGGGCCACGUUCAGUAUUACCUCCAGUACAAGGACCAACCGGUGGGCUUCCGUCGCGGGGCCAAUCCCGGAUUUCACGAGGCUAUUGGCGAUGUCUUGUCUCUCUCUGUUUCCACACCGAAACAUCUGAAGACGAUUGGACUAUUGGAUUCUGUGACUUCUGAUGUUGAAUCAGAUAUUAACUACCUGUUAAAAAUGGCUCUGGAGAAGAUAGCCUUCCUUCCUUUUGGCUACCUCAUAGACCAGUGGAGAUGGGGCGUAUUCAGUGGCAAUACACCCCCAGACCGCUACAACUCUGAAUGGUGGUACCUCAGGACAAAAUAUCAAGGCAUCUGCCCGCCCACCAAGCGCACCGAAGAGCACUUUGAUGCCGGCGCAAAAUUCCACAUUCCUGGGAACACACCGUACAUCAGGUAUUUUGUCAGCUUCAUCCUGCAGUUCCAGUUUCAUGAAAAACUGUGCCAGGCAGCCAAACACACCGGACCCUUGCACACAUGUGACAUCUACCGCUCUGCAGAAGCAGGGGCAAUUUUAAAGAAAGUUCUUCAGGCAGGCUCCUCCAAACCAUGGCCCGUAGUGCUACAAGAUGCUCUCGGCACAGACAAGAUGGAUGCAGGCUCGCUGAUGAGAUACUUUGACCCCAUCAUUAAGUGGCUGCAAAAGCAAAAUGUCGGCGAGACCCUCGGAUGGCCCGACUUCAACUGGGUCCCACCCAUUCCUGAGGGCUACCCAGAGGACAUCGAUAAGAAUACAGAUGAACUUGAAGCAAAGACGUUUCUGGAUGAGUACAACAGUACGGCUGAAGUGGUGUGGAAUGCUUAUACAGAGGCCUCUUGGGCCUACAACACUGACAUCAAUGAAGCCAACAAGCAGAAGAUGCUUGAGAAGAACCUGGAGAUGUCAUCCCACACUUUGAGGUACGGCCAGCAGGCGCGGCGGUUCGACACAGCUGACUUCCAAGAUGCGUCGGUCAAGCGUAUCGUUAAAAAACUCAGCGACAUCGAGAGGGCCGCGCUGCCAUCAGCAGAGCUUCAAGAGUACAACAAUCUCCUGUCCAACAUGGAGACUAAAUACAGUGUGGCCGAGGUCUGCAGAGAAAAGGGCCAAUGCCACCCACUGGAUCCUGACCUCCAGAAGAUCAUGGCAGAGUCCAGAGACUAUGAUGAACUGUUGUUUGCCUGGAAAGGGUGGCGAGAUGCAGCAGGGAAAGUACUUCGCUCGGAUUAUAAGAGAUACGUAGAACUGGCCAACCAAGCUGCCAGACUCAACGGUCACAGCGACAAUGGUGCUUUCUGGCGCUCUCUGUAUGAAACGCCGACAUUUGAGGAAGACCUGGAGCGUCUGUGGAAGCAGCUGGAGCCGCUCUACCUGAACGUGCACGCCUAUGUUCGCAGGGCUCUGUACAAAAAGUACGGCCCAAAGCGCAUCAACCUGAGAGGACCCAUACCUGCUCACCUGCUGGGUAACAUGUGGGCGCAGACGUGGUCUGGCAUCAUGGACCUGGUCCUGCCUUAUCCAGACGCCACGCAAGUUGAUGCCACGCCAGCUAUGGUGGCAAAGGGCUGGAAUGCAAAAAGAAUGUUCCAGGAAUCAGACAAUUUUUUCACCUCUUUGGGACUGCUGCCUAUGCCAAAGGAGUUUUGGGACAAAUCCAUGCUGGAGAAGCCCACCGAUGGACGCCAAGUGGUUUGCCACGCCUCUGCGUGGGAUUUCUAUAACAGAAAAGACUUCAGAAUCAAACAGUGCACCGUGGUGACCAUGGACGACUUGAUCACCGUCCACCACGAGAUGGGCCAUGUCCAGUACUUCCUGCAGUACAAGGAGCAACCCGUGUCGUUCCGUGAGGGAGCCAACCCCGGCUUCCAUGAAGCCAUCGGUGAUGUGUUGGCACUCUCUGUGUCCACACCCAAGCACCUGAAGAGCAUCGGCCUACUGGACAAAGUUGAGAACAACCACGAGAGCGACAUCAACUUCCUGAUGAACAUGGCGCUUGAUAAGAUUGCCUUCCUGCCCUUUGGUUACCUCAUGGACCAGUGGAGAUGGAAGGUGUUUGAUGGGCGCAUCCCAUCGUCUGAAUACAAUAAAGAGUGGUGGAGCCUCAGGAUGAAGUACCAGGGCCUGUGUCCGCCUGUAGCUCGCACGGAGAACGACUUCGACCCGGGUGCAAAGUUCCACAUCCCGGCUAACGUUCCCUACGUGAGGUACUUUGUCAGCUUCAUUAUCCAGUUUCAGUUCCACAAGGCCCUGUGUGACGCCGCCAAGCACGUGGGGCCUCUACACACAUGUGACAUUUACCAGUCCAAGGAAGCUGGGAAGCUGCUGGGUGAUGUAAUGAAGUUAGGCUUCAGCAAGCCCUGGCCUGAGGCUAUGCGCAUGAUCACGGGCCAGCCCGAUAUGAGCGCCAAGCCACUUAUGGAAUAUUUUGAACCUCUCAUUAAAUGGCUGGAGGAGGAGAACAACAAGAACGACGAUAUCCGCGGGUGGCCUGAUUACGACUGGAAGCCUUCAAGUGCGUCCAGCACUACGGACUUCCUGGGAAUGAAUGUGGAGAGUUCAGCCGCCAUUGCAGGCCAGUGGGUCCUGCUGGUCUUGGGCCUGGUCCUGUUGGUAGCCACCAUUCUCCUGGCCUACAAGUACAGGAAGUCAAAGGAGUCCGGCAGGUCAUUAUCGACGAUAGAGCUCAAGCAAAAAGACUAAAUGGCUAACUUGCAUUAGCUUGCACAGUAACAACCCUAAUGUGAAUAUUCGUGUUUUGUCAUUGUGUACAGUGCACAUGAUCACGUUUGCUUUUCUUUGUCUGCCUCCCUAAUAUGUCUUGUAUAUUUAUUGUAUACACUUGAAGUCCAAUACUACGUUUUUUGCCUAUGCAAAAGAACAUUGCAACAUUUUGUAAUUUAUUUGUAAUAUGUUCAUAUUUAGGGAGGAAAUAUUUGUCAUGUUCUUGAUUGUGUAAACAUAUUUGAUUUUGUUUCUUAUUUCUUCAAUUAAUAAAAAAGUACAAGCGUACUAUGACUUUUCA